CAGUCAGAGUCGCUCUGGCUCCGCUGUGAAGUUCAGCCCUUCGGGGAGCGGCGUCCUCUCAGUUUCUACAGAGAAAUAAAACGUAGUUUGGAGUAGACACAUAUUUUAUCUCACGGUCUUGACCAGAACGCCGUAUUUGUUAAAGACUUCGUUCGGACGACGCUCUACUGUCCUCAGUCACAGCGUCUGCUUAGCGUUGAAAUAACGCUAUAAAAUAAGAGAAAAAUCGACCCUUUUUUCCUAGUUGCUGAAUGAAACUUUUUAUCAUUCCCCACGGAAGGAGAGAAGACGCACCCGCGGGUUACUGAGGAUAAAGCGAGCUGGAGGACGGGGCUGACCGCUGGAUGGGAAUAAGAUGCUCGCUCCGCUCAAGUUCCAGGUCGGGAGGUUAGCAACCAUGUCAGUGGGGGUUCGUUUUGGAAAAUGAUUGCUGGCAGCAUCGACGGUAAAAUAAUGGUCAGAAGAUGCCUAGUAACGUUCAAACCAUUCAGGAUAUUUGUGGUGGGAGUGGGCUUCUUCAGCCUGUGUUUUUUAAUGACCUCUCUGGGGGGGCAGUUCUCAGCCAAGAGACUGGGAGACUCUCCAUUCACCAUCCGUACAGAAGUGCUGGGAGGUGUGGAGUCACGUGGUGUGCUGAGAAAGAUCAGUGACAUGUUGGAGGUAAUUCUGAAGAGGAUGGACACGCUGUCCAAACUCGACAACAGCUCAACGUCGGAUGCAAGGCGCCUGGAUGAGCUCAGCUCUGCUAUCAACAGGUUUCAACCAGCUGGCCUGGUGGAGAGGAUCCAAGCUAUAGCUCAAAAUGUUUCUAACAUGGCCAUCAGAGUGGAGCAGAUGCUGCAAAGUAGCAUGAUGCAAGGGAGAGUGCUGAGAGAUGGCACAGCGAGCCAGUGUGAAGUGCCAAGGGACAGCCGCUUUCCAGAGUGCCCUGGAAAAGUGGAUUGGAUGCGUGCUCGGUGGACAUCGGACCCUUGCUACGCCUUCUACGGUGUCGAUGGUUCAGACUGUUCUUUCCUCAUCUACUUGAGUGAAGUGGAGUGGUUCUGCCCCCCAUUGCCCUGGAGGAACCACACAAGCACCCCCACUCAGCACACACAGCAGACAAAAUCCCCCAAGAGACAAGCUGCCUUCCGCACAGACCUUUCUGUUCUGCUGGAUCAGGUCGGCGGUGGAAAAGAGUCUCUUAGCUUCAUGAAGCGCAGAAUCCGACGGCUCGCACAGCAGUGGGCAACGGCUGCAAACCAUCUAGGUGCCAAACUUGGACAACGUUGGAGGGACCAGAAGAAGAUCCUAAUCCAUGUGGGAUUCCUAACAGAGGAAUCUGGGGAUGUUUUCAGCCCAAAGGUGCUGAAGGGGGGACCGCUAGGGGAAAUGGUCCAGUGGGCCGACAUCCUGACUGCCCUCCAUGUUCUGGGACACAACCUCAAGAUCUCCAUGUCGGUUAAAGAGCUUCAAGGGUUUCUUGGAGUGCCUCCUGGUAGAGGUAGCUGCCCACUCACUGGUCCGUUGCCCUUUGACCUCAUUUAUACUGACUACCACGGCCUGCAACAGAUGAAGCAGCACAUGGGACUGUCACUCAAGAAACACAAAUGCCAUAUCAGAGUUAUUGACACAUUUGGGACAGAGCCAGCCUACAACCAUGAAGAGUACGCAACCCUGCAUGGCUAUCGGACCAACUGGGGCUACUGGAACCUAAACGCCCGGCAGUAUAUGACCAUGUUCCCCCACACACCAGACAACUCCUUCAUGGGCUUCGUUUCGGAGGAGCUGAACGAGACGGAGAAGAGGAGCAUCCAGCAGAACAAAGUCAACAACAUGGCUGUGGUCUAUGGGAAAGAAGCCAGCAUGUGGAAGCUUCAGCAGGGCAAAGACAGUUUCCUGGAAAUUCUUCAUAAGUACAUGGAGGUUCACGGGACAGUGUACUAUGAGACCCAGAGACCGCCGGAGGUCCCGGCCUUCGUGAAGAACCACGGUCUGUUGCCCCAACACGAGCUGCAGCAGCUUCUCCGUAAGGCCAAGCUCUUUAUUGGUUUUGGGUUUCCGUACGAAGGUCCCGCCCCUCUUGAAGCAAUAGCCAAUGGUUGCAUUUUCCUGCAGCCUAAGUUCCAGCCCCCCCACAGUUCACUGAAUCACGAGUUUUUCAGAGGAAAACCUACAUCUAGAGAGGUUUUCUCCCAGCACCCGUAUGCAGAGGAGUACAUAGGCAGACCGUACGUCAUGACAGUCGACUACAACAACUCCCUCGAGUUCGAUUCUGCUGUCAAGGAAAUCAUGAGGACCAAGGUUGAGCCCUACUUGCCUUAUGAGUACACUUGUGAGGGCAUGCUGGAGAGAGUUCACGCUUACUUACAGAAUCAGGACUUCUGUGUGCCAGAGCCUCCCUUCAUUCCAGCCAAUUUCUCCAGACGGGGAUCAGCCAGUGGCAGCCGGGUAAUCAGACCUCUGUUUGUGCCCCUGCCCAACUCCACGGCCCUUGGCUGGGCGUCCAACGUGACAGCUCCCACGGCUUGGCCUCCUCUCAGCUCUCUCCGACUGCUCGUGUCUCAGGAGGGCCAGUCUUGUGUUGACGCCUGCCAGUCAGCUGGCUUCAUCUGCGAACCCGCUCAUUUCCACUUCAUCAACAACAAGGAGGCUCUGCGGGGGUUGGAGGUGCAGUGCGAGGUGGUGGACUCGGAGAUCAACCACAUCCUCCCGGCGUUCUCCGUGAUGCGUCGGGAGUGCAGUCUUCAGAGGGAGCCUUUACUGUUCAGCUGCGCGGGCCACUCUCCUAAAUACAGACGCCUUUGCCCCUGCAGGGACUUCCUUCGAGGGCAGGUGGCUCUCUGCAGAGACUGCUUAUAAUGAUGGGAGCAACACAAAAACAAAAGACUUGGAUUUAAGAUGGAAGCUAAAGAGCUUGACCUUGAACUGUUGCUGGAUAGUUUAAGGAAUCGUUUGUAUGAGGACCGCGGUCGCUGCAGGAGGCUGCUGACAGCAAUCACACUGAAAGGCAAAGCGUCAAGCCAGUAAACUUUCACAUUACCUGCACAGUGAAGACACAUCAAAUAUUUUAUUCUGAAGCUUCACCUCCAUAAUAUUGGGAGUACGGUCUCACUCCAUGAUGGAGUUGUCAUGGAGAUGGCAACCUCAGGUCAGUAUCCAACCUCCACGCCGCGCUCAGACAGAGGAUGAUGGACGCACAGCUUGUCUCUCUUUCUGUUCGACCCUUCUUGCACUGAUGGAUAUUUUUCAGACUGCGCCCUCAUUCUGAGGCAGAGUCAGCGAUUAUUCUCUCUGAGAAGAAAGGACAAACACACAGGGCAGCUCACAAGAUUAUUUUUCAAUAAAUAAGCCUUCAUAUCUCUCAGCUGGAUUUUUAAGAAGGUCUUUGGCCUUUGUGAUGGAAAAAAUCAUAAAUAAAGAUUUAAAAAAAUCAGAACGGUU